AUGCCCAAAAUACAAACCAAAAAAUAUUUAACUAAAAACCAAACAACCUCGAAAAAUUUUUCCGAAGACAAUAUUGCAACAAUUAAGGCAGAAUCAGAGAAACCAGAGGAAACAAAGUCAAAACAGAAAACAAGCUCGGCAAAAUGGACAAAUAGCCAACGGCUUCAACUUUUAAAUGCUGUGUUGGAGCAAAUGCCAAGUUUAGACUGGAAUCUGGUCUCUAAUAAGGUUGAGGGUAAAGAUGCCUUGUCUUGUCGUCAACAGUGGAAUCGUAAAUUACUUGCGGACCUGAAAAAGGGAUUGAUUGAUGGAGGAACAUAA